AUUUGCGGGAUAAGGGGGUACCUUCGGUACCUACAUGUAUUUUAGUUCACCACGCAAAAGCACAUCGCGUGAUCGUCAUGAUGAGUGCUCAUCGCGGUCGUGAUUUCGCGCGUGCGUUCGCGCACGUUAGGGAUCUAUGCGCGCUUGAAGGACCGCGUUGACGGACCGAGACGCCCACUCCGUACUUGUCUUCUCUCCGCACGUCGACUAGACCGCUCUUAUCCGUCGUUCUUGACGUCUGAAAGCCUCGCCAUCAAACCACUGAUUUGGAGUCCUAUUUCGAAGUACAGCAAAGGUCACCACUUUAGUGAAGUUGGACUGUAUUCUGCUGCAAUCGUCUCCACAAUAAAGCGACCGGUGGUAAUCAUUCAAGCAAUGUCGACUCUGAUAACCAAGUGCUCAGCUGGUUUCGGUGGCCAAGUUGCACUUGUGGCUUCUGUGAAUUUCCCUAGCAGAAAACACCAUCUUGAACAGAAGCAGCUUUCGACACUGAGGCCCGUGACGACCUUCGGUAACGUCGCCUGCACACAGCGCCAGUUCCAAGCCAGCGGUUUUCGAAAUGCACGGCAGUCACCAUUUUUUUCAACUAAGGUGGCUGUGUGCAGUGGCUCUCAGCAGUCAACUUUCGUGACCCUUUUUCCUGAUGUUGAGGAACAUACACUAAUGAAGGGCGCACUAAAGAGUGGGAGUGCGUCGUUUUUGGAAGCAGAACUUCACAGAGAGCCUAGCUUUUAUCUACUUCCCAGUGUGCUUGAUAUUGUCGUCGCCGAUGGAUUGCCCGACUUUGAAGCCGCGUCAGACCUCCGGGCUCUAGCAUUCUAUGAAGAUCUCGAGGCGCGCCAAGCUCUUCCGUUUCCUCGCCGAUUCGUGUCAACUUUUCGCAGAGAGUUUGCACAGCGAGAACAACGUGCUCUUGAGACACGCACGUCUUCUGAUCACGCGUACAAUACCAGUAUUGGUUUGUGUGUUUGUCUCGUAUUCCGUUGUGCCAGAAAAUCAAUAGGCUGCCUUGAUUUGUCCAUCCGGACGGGUCCCUGUGCGUCACAAGUGAAUGGCGUGUGUGUUGGAUUCGGAGAACACUAUGUGUAUGUAGAUAAUGUUGCAGUCGACAUUGCAUCACGGCGACGAGGUUCAGCUUCUGCAAUGCUCGAAGCUUCUUCUGAUAUUGCUAUGUUAUGGGGUGCUGAGUUUGUCUACACACACGUGCAUGCACAAAAUAUAGCAGCACGUCGUUUGUACUAUGCUUAUGGAUUCCGAGCUCCUGAGGGGGGUUCGAUAACGGAAAGCUUGGAAAAAUGUGAUACUGCGCAGUGGAUCUCGCCUAGGCUCACUGGGCUUGUUCUUCUGCGAGCACCUCUGCCACUGAUACAAGUCUCGUGCAAGAAUUUGUUAACUACUUUUUCAGAGUGCAGGUGUGGGGCUGUCUUUGGAGACUGUGAUGUCUGCAUUUGUAAAUUAAGAUAAUGCACAAUUCAAUC